AUGGAGUGUAGACAAGAGCAGGCUGGUAUCAAUCAGCUACACUUCGACAAUGAUAGUGUGUUCGAUAUCGCCGAAUCGGAAAACUUCAAACUGUUCCACACAGGAAGCCAUUUAGAAGUGUAUGUUCUAGAGGAGAUGUUCACCAGUGGAGCCGUGCAAAUCAAGAAGGACGCCGAAGCGCAAGUGCUCGUCAUUGGCUUAGGAGCGGGUUUUAUAAACUCUUAUCUCCACCACACCUAUCCCGAGAUGCAAAUCACAGUAGUGGAGAUCGACCCAAAAAUGUUGGAAGUUGCAAAGAAAUGGUUUGGUCUUGAACUGGACCGCCGACACACUGUAACCGUGAUGGACGGUGUCGAUUUUUUGAAACAGGCUGUAAUGAAAGGUACGACUGAGAUAUCUCUUGUAUCUCUUCCGACGACGUAA